AAUAUAAUUCUAUUCUUCUGGCUUUUUUGCCUUGUUGCCAUUAAACAAAACCAGUUUCGCCCAUUAGUGGAAGCAGUCGGACCUGUCAGCCGGGACUCAGGAGGGAUGACGACAUCAGAUAAAACAAACCAUUAUACAGGCUCAAGUUAGAGUGUAAACAAUUGUACCUAGUUAUACAAGCCAUAAUUAUGAAUUAGAAUUUUUUUUUUUUUUAUGAAUAAAGUGACUGAAUUUUUUAAUCAGGUCAGUCAAGAUUAGUCUGAAUUUUCUUACAGUAUGUCUCAGUUGUAAAACGCACAAGAAGGAUGUGGCACCAUCCGCGACAUAGCUACAUACAAACUCCUCUGUUUGUAAAAUUCACAUCUAAGCGUCGUCAUGUUAGAAUGUGAUAGGCACGUUGUGACACCAGUCCAAAAGUAUGAGGGAAUGCCAGCUGUGCUGGUGUGUGCCUUCUUUCACUUGUCUUUUCAAGGGAGACGUGAAAGAAUGUCUGCUGGGUGGAUCUUUGAGAAGACAGUGAGUUUCAGUCUGUGAACACCCAGUGAACUCUCCCACACAUGCAGUCAGUCAGCGCUUCAGCAGCAUGGCGACUCUUUCUAGUCUGCUCUUUUUACUUCUAACUGUACACUCAGUAAAUGCGCUAAAGUGUUACGUGUGUGGCUCCGCAACAUCAAAUGAAGAAUGUAACAAAAACCUUCAGGACUGUCAGGCUCCUCUGGACACCUGCAUGACCACUGUAGGCACGCUAGGAAGUUUUACUGCCAUUGUGAAGACGUGCUCCAAUUCAAAAAUCUGCACAAGCGCUGCAGCCACUGCCUCUGUGGACAGUGAUGGAAAUGGCGUGCAGGUGACGUGCUGUAACAGUUACCUGUGCAACUACAGCGGAGCUGCGAGCGUCACACUGCACAGAUGGCUGCUGGUACUACCGCUGCUCCUCAUCACCCUCCUCUUCAGACCGCACACUUGAAAUGUUAAACACUCGGGGUAUGGAUGCAUUACAUGCCAUCAUGGACUAAAACUGUCUUCUUAUUGAAAACCCUACGGAGCUAACUUCCCUUGCUUCAUUACCUGUUUGUUAACAGUCAUUUGGUUGAAAAGAAGGAUGUACAGUCACGCAUUCCAGAAAUCUGAACAUAUGAAGUAAUUGCAUGAAAACUUUAAGGAAGACUUGCACAAGAAUGAAUAUAAUCAAAUUAUAGCAUAACUGUGUUGCACAUGAAUUUAGGCCCUAGAUAUGUAUAUCUUCAGACUUAUGGAUAUAUUUAAAAUGAGUUUUAAUGCCUUUUUUUCCUCUUUUACGUUUAAUGAAAAUAAAAAUUACAAUUCUAACAUAAAAUUUUGAAAUCUAUUGCUUGUCUUGAAUGCAAAAAAUGAAUGGAUUAUAAAUAAAACA